AUGGCUUCCUAUAUGGAUCACUCGUACACCCUGGUGCAUCAGGAUAACUCUGCCGACCAGCCUACGUUGCAGGAGCUGAAGACGCAGCUGGAGAAGGGCACCGAUGAGACUAAGCUGGAGACCAUGAGGGUUAUCCUCAUCAUGAUGCUGAACGGAGACCCGAUGCCACAGCUGCUGAUGCACAUUAUCCGCUUCGUCAUGCCGUCUAAAUCCAAACCACUCAAGAAACUACUCUACUUCUACUACGAAAUCUGUCCCAAACUCGAUGCCAAUGGCAAGCUGAAGCAGGAGAUGAUCUUAGUCUGCAACGGCAUUCGAAAUGACUUGCAACAUCCCAACGAGUACAUUCGUGGAAACACACUUCGAUUCCUCUGCAAACUUAGGGAGCCGGAACUCCUAGAACCCUUGCUCUCGUCAGCACGCCAGUGUCUCCGCUACCGACACGUAUACGUACGGAAAAACGCAGUGUGGGCGAUUGCCUCGAUAUUCCAGCACUCUGAAUCCUUAAUCCCCGACGCCGCAGAUCUCCUUUUGGCGUUUUUGGAGACGGAGACUGACCCCACCUGUAAACGCAAUGCCUUUGCGGCUCUGCUCACCAUCAGCCACGAAAGCGCUUUGGUAUAUAUUAGCUCUACUUUCGACGGAGUAGCCAAUGCGGACGAGCUGCUGCAGCUGGUGGAGCUGGAAUUUAUUAGAAAGGACGCUGUGCAGAAUUCCCAAAACAAGGCGAGAUAUCUUCGAUUGAUAUUUGAUCUUUUGGACGCAAAUACGAGCACGGUUGUAUAUGAGGCAGCAACGUCUCUAACGGCGCUGACGUCAAACCCGGUGGCCGUCAAGGCUGCAGCUGCAAAGCUGAUCGAACUAUGCAUCAAAGAGGCGGACAACAAUGUGAAACUCAUUGUUCUAGAACGUGUUCACCAGCUAAUGAAGCGCAACGAGGGAGUUCUAGCCGACUUGACGAUGGAGAUCCUUCGUGUUCUCUCGAGUCCCGACAUAGAUGUGCGGCGCAAGGCGUUAUACAUUGCUCUUGAGAUGGUCUCCAGCAAGAACGUCGAGGAAAUCGUUCUCUUACUCAAAAAGGAGCUCGCCAAGACUGUUGACGAACAGUAUGAGAAGAACAACGAAUACCGACAAUUGCUUAUCCAGUCCAUCCAUCAAUGCGCUAUUAAAUUCUCCGAAAUAGCUGCCAGUGUCGUGGAUUUGCUCAUGGACUUCAUUGCUGAUUUCAACAACAACUCUGCCGUUGACGUGAUAAGCUUCGUAAAGGAAGUUGUUGAAAAGUUCCCCAAACUCAGACCAUCUAUUGUCGAGCGACUGGUCUCUACCCUCGACGAGGUACGCGCUGGCAAGGUAUACCGCGGUGUCCUGUGGGUUGUAGGUGAAUACUCUCUCGAAGCAAAUGAUAUCCGAGAGGCCUGGAAGCGCAUCCGAGCAAGUUUAGGAGAAAUUCCUAUCCUCGCAUCGGAACAGCGUCUGCUGGACGAAGGCCCCGACGCCGGAACUGGCCAGGACUCUGUCAAUGGACACGCCAAGUCGACAACGGGACCCAAGGUUUUGGCCGACGGUACAUAUGCACAGGAAUCCGCGCUGACCAGCGAGUCGGCAGCUGCAGCAAAACUAGCGGCUGUCAAGGCCGCGCAGAAACCACCAUUGAGACAACUCAUUCUAGAUGGAGAUUACUAUCUCGCAACAGUCCUUUCCUCGACACUCACAAAGCUUGUCAUGCGCCAUUCCGAGCUCUCGCAAGAUGUUGCUCGCACCAAUGCCCUACGCGCCGAAGCUAUGUUGAUCAUGAUUUCCAUUAUCCGUGUUGGCCAGUCACAUUUUGCCAAGGCCUCCAUUGAUGAAGAUUCAGUUGACAGAAUCAUGUCGUGUGUACGAUCGUUAGCUGAAUCCGCUCAACGGAAGGAACUUGAGGCUACGUUCCUCGAAGACACGAGACAGGCGUUCCGCGCUAUGGUUCAGGUAGACGAGAGAAAACGAGCUGAUAAAGAAGCGGUUGAGAAGGCGAAGACGGCCGUUCAGGUGGACGAUGCCAUCCCGAUUCGGCAGCUGGCGAAGAGAUCAGGCGAAGAGGGUGCAGAGGAGAUUGAAUUGGACCUUGCCAAAGCCACGGGUGGUGAUGCAACUCUUGAAGAUCUAUCCUCCAAGCUUAGCAGGGUUGUCCAGCUUACCGGAUAUUCUGAUUCGGUUUAUGCAGAGGCAUAUGUCAAGGUGCAUCAAUUCGAUAUUGUCCUUGAUGUCCUGCUCGUCAACCAAACGACCGAUACCCUCCAGAACCUCUCCGUCGAAUUCGCUACACUAGGUGAUCUCAAGGUCGUCGAGCGACCUACCACACAGAACCUUGGACCUCACGACUUCCUAAACGUCCAAGCCACAAUCAAGGUCUCUUCUACCGAUACCGGGGUCAUAUUCGGCAACGUCAUCUACGACGGGUCAAGCUCGGCAGAGACACACGUGGUGAUUCUCAACGAUAUCAAAGCUGAUAUCAUGGACUACAUACAACCAGCUCACUGCACGGAAACACAGUUCAGGGCCAUGUGGACCGAGUUUGAGUGGGAGAAUAAGGUUAACAUCCAUUCAAAGGCCAAGAGCCUGAGGGCCUUCCUGCAACAACUCAUGGAUCGCACCAACAUGAGCUGUCUCACCCCGGAAGCUUCACUUGAAGGAGACUGCCAAUUCCUUAGCGCUAACUUAUAUGCAAGGAGCGUGUUCGGCGAGGAUGCUCUUGCAAACUUGAGCAUUGAGAAAGAAGGCGACGACGGCCCCAUCACAGGCUUCAUGCGGAUAAGAAGCCGGUCUCAAGGAUUGGCGCUUAGUUUGGGUUCUCUUAAGGGCAUAAAGGCCAACUCCGUUUAA